AUGUAAAUAGAAACUGAAAAAAGACCUAUUUAUACAUUUUCUCCUGGACCAUGUUCUUUACCUUUAAAAAUUUUAUUAACUGAAGGAGGUGCUCAUAUGUAUAAUUCUUCAAUUCCUUUAAAUUUAAUGUCUAAAGAUGCCCAUAGUAAUUACUUAGUGACUGGCUUUUGGGGAAACCGAUCUUAUAAUGAGGCUAAAAAAUACGGAAAAAUUAACUUAGUACAUGAUAUUCUUCCCUAAAUGAACCAUAUACCGGAUUAAAAAGACUGGAAAUUAGAAAAAAACGCCAGUUAUCUACAUUUUACUGAUAAUGAGACUUUGACAGGUAUAUAAUUUAGAUAGCCUCCCAAAUUAGAUGGAUAAAUUCUAGUUUCGGACAUGACUUCUUCUUUGGGUAGAGUAUCUGGAUGUGCAAUAGCCAUUAUUAGAAAUGAUCUUAUAGGAAAAUGUUAAGAUAUAACACCUUCAUAUAUGGAUUUUGGAAAAUUAUCGAAAAAUCCUUUUGAAUUUGGAUAAUGUGUUUACCCUAUUUAUGUAGUUUAUGAAUAUAUGAAAUAUCUGAAUUCAGCUCCUAAUGGAAUUUAGUAUUGGGAAGAUUUAGCUUAAAAAAAAUCUGAUCUUAUUUGGCAAACUAUCGAUUCUUCUAAUGGAUUUUAUAUACCUUAUUGUAUUAAUACAGAUUAAAGAUCCACUGUUAAUAUUACUUUUAAAUGUGAUGGCGGAGAUCAUUUAGAUAAUAAAUUUGUUUAAGAAGCUUUUGAAGAAGGAUUAAUUGAAUUAAAAGGACAUCCUGCUACUAAGGGUAUAAGAGCAUCUAUAUAUAAUGGAACUUAAGUAGAAGGCGUAAAAAAGCUAAGAGAUUUUAUGUAAGAUUUUAUAGAAAAAAACAAAAAUUGA